AUGGAAAAACCAGAGAAUAACUACACUUCAGGUCAAGUUUAUUCCAAGCUGUUUGAUGAGGUGGAGAAGAUGAAGUGUUGGAAGGUCAAAGUUGACUCUGACAUUAUACAAAAGGACAGGAGGCUGCAAGAUCACACCAAAACCAUUGAAAGCCAGCGCAAAGCCAUCCGAGAGUUACAGUUCGAUAAUGAACGUCUGAGCACAAAGCUUCUGGAACAGUUCAGUGAAAAUGAGGAUUUAAGGAACAAAAACAACACAACAAGCACAUUGUGUAGCAUCCUUAACGAAACAGUUCAACGCUCGACUGAGAAAAUGCAUUUACUUGAAUCUGAAAGAGAAGAAACUCAUCAACUCUUUGUGGAAAACACUGACAGUAUUAAAAAACUAAUUGAAGCAUUUGACAGCCUUCGUGUUAAAGCUGAAGACAAUCAACAACAGAUGCACAGAGUCAAAGAGGAGUUACUGCUGCAUGAAGAUUUAAAAGAAAAAUAUCAGCAAGAGCAUAAGAUGAAUGAAGAAGAGAUUGCAGUCCUCCAGGCAAAACUUAAGGACAAAGAAAACCAACUACAAACAACCAUCGGUGACCUCCAUGAAACCGAGAAGCGACGCCAACAGCUGGAAGAGUCGACACGAGAGGCCAAUGAACAGGCGAUGAAGAAAGAUGUGCUGAUCAGUAGCCUGAAGGAUGAGCUGUUUGAGAAUCUGCAGGAGGAAGUCAAAGAAAAAGAAAAGAGCAUCAAAGCCGUGGAAACAGAGGUGACUGAGAAAAGUGAGAAAUCUGAAGUGCUGAUUAACAGUCUUUACGAAGAGUCCCAGAAUUUACAAAGGCUUAAAGAUGAUGAGCUUCAGAGGUUACGACAGGAUCUUGAAGCAAAAUCAGCCGUUUCUGCAGAGCUUGAGAAAGAGGUGCGAGAGCUGAAGGUAUCAGCAGCGCAGGCAAUUAAAGAGAAGGAAGACGCAGGGCUCAAAUGUCAGCACAAAAUAGCAGAUGUGUUGGCUCUGAUGGACAAACACCAGGGCCAGUGUGACCGCAUGGUGAAGGAAAAGGAUGCAGAGCUUGAGGCAAACAAGAAGUCAUUGGCCUACAGAGUGAAGACUCCACCUUCUGCCGAAAAGCCAGCACUGUGGGGAAACGGCAGCACCUGCCUGGAAGCACAGACAGACAGCUGGGAUGGAAUCGAUCUCCUUAGUCCAGCUGCUAAUGAGUCGCCAAGAAACUCCUUGAAGUUGGCUGCAAUCAGAAGAAUGAGAGCUGCUGGUUGGACCGCUGUUAUCGGCUCGGACAGAAAGAAGAAGAGGACCAGUGAGAAGAUCUUCCAGUGA